UGGAUUUAUCAGAUACUUACACAAGCAAGAUUGAAGAAGAAAUUCAAGGUAAGCAUUCAUAACUUGCAGAUUUCAUAAUGAUCAACACAAGAAUCUCAAAGGAAGAAAAUCAGUACUCCUAAAUACAAACUAAGUUAUACUUCUUAGCCACGCAAUAUUUUGAUUUAAAGAGCAGUAAAUCUAAAUCUUCAACAAAGAUGGAAGACUGUUCAAAUACAAAAUUAAAGGAUUGGGGUUACACGAGCUGAGGGCCGCAACGGUUACAUGCGUGCAUCACUUCCGUCAAUGUUUUGAGCGCCGCAGUGCAACAAUUGAGCACCACGGCAGCUUGGACUAUGCAUCCAAGACAUCCCUCUGGGAAAAAGCACUGCAUCCCUUGGGGUGAUUCACGUCUCCUUUUUUCCCUUGGCCCAUUUUAGGCAAGAUUUUUCUUCCAGCAAUUGAUUAUUGGAGUCAAUUAUUGCCAUUCAAUGGAAAUAUGUCAUAGAGAUUUGAAGCUCGACUAUAUCCUUUUAGAAGAAAGCAAAGCCCCACGGUUGAAGAUCUGUCAUUUUGGCUAUUCCAAGUCAUCUCUUUUGGGUUCUCCAUCAUACGCUGCACCGGAGGUUCUAUCUCAAGAACACUAUAAUGGAAAGAUAGCAAAUAUAUGGUCAUGUGGAGUUAUUCUGCAUGUUAUGUUGGUGGGUGCAUAUCCUUUCGAAGACCAAGAUGAUCCUAGAAACUUUCAGAAAAUUAUUCAGCGAAUAAAGGCUGCACAGUACAAAAUACCAGUCAAUGCUCACAUAUCUGAAGAAUGUCGACACCUUCUCUCUCGCAUCUUUGUUCGAAACCCGUCAAAGAGAAUUUCACUCAAAGAGAUCAUGAGUCACCCAUGGUUCCUAAAGAAUUUGCCAAGGGAACUGACAGAAUCAGCCCAAGCCAUCUAUUAUCAGAGAAAUAAGAAAGCAGCUGACUUCACUCUUCAAAGUAUUGAAGAGAUCAUGAAGAUCGUGGGGGAGGCGAGAAACCCGCUCCCUUCUUCGGCAACCAUUAAAAUCUUCAGAAGGGGUAUUGAAGAGGACGAUGAAGAAGAUAUGGAUAAUUAUGAAGCUGUCAAGGAGUUGGGCGCUGGAAAUAUUGGUGUUGCUAGACUUUUGAGACAUAAACACACCAAACAACUUGUUGCCAUGAAGUACAUAGAACGUGGUCAUAAGAUUGAUGAGAAUGUUGCAAGAGAGAUUAUAAACCAUCGAUCGCUUCAACAUCCAAAUAUAAUUCGUUUCAAGAAGGUUGUUUUAACCCCGACGCAUUUGGCGAUAAUGAUGGAAUAUGCUGCUGGAGGAGAACUUUUUGAAAGAAUUUGCAAAGCUGGACGAUUUAGCGAAGAUGAGGCAAGAUAUUUCUUUCAGCAGUUGAUUUCAGGAGUCGAUUAUUGUCAUUCCAUGCAAAUAUGUCAUAGAGAUUUGAAGCUGGAAAACACCCUUUUAGAUGGAAGCCAAGCCCCACGCUUGAAGAUCUGUGAUUUUGGCUUCUCCAAGUCAUCUGUGUUGCAUUCAAGACCAAAAUCAACUAUUGGUACUCCAGCAUACAUAGCACCAGAAAUUCUAUCUGGACCAGAGUAUGAUGGAAAGUUAGCAGAUGUAUGGUCGUGUGGAGUUACUCUCUAUGUUAUGUUGGUUGGUGCAUAUCCUUUUGAAGACCAGAACGAUCCUAGAAACUACCGGAAACUUAUUCAGCGAAUAAUGUCUGUACAGUAUAAAAUACCAGACCAUGUUUACGUAUCUCAAAAUUGUCGACACCUGCUCUCUCGUAUCUUUGUCCAAAAUCCGUCAAGGAGAAUUUCAGUAAAAGAGAUCAAGAGUCAUCCAUGGUUCUUAAAGAACUUGCCAAGAGAAUUAACAGAGUCAGCCCAAGCCAUCUAUUACAAUAGUGAUAACCCAAGCUUCUCUGUUCAAAGUUUUGACGAAAUCAUGAAAAUCUUAGGGGAAGCGAAAAAGCCGCUCCCACCAUUGACAAUUGCCAAGGCCUUCAGAUGGGGAAUUGAAGAAGAGGAUGAUGAAAUGCUAGAAGAAGAGGAGGAAGAAGACGAACACGAUGAGUAUGCUAAGAGGGUGAAAGAAGUUCAUGCCAGUGGAGAAUACUUAGUUAGAAGUAGAACAUAACAUAGAAUGGUGUGUCAUUAUCAUAUUGUGGUUUGUUGUUGUUAUGUACAUAGUUGCGUUAAAGUGUUUACAUAUUUUAUGUGUAUGUAGUCGUGAUGGAUGGGGUCUUUUGCAAUAUAGUUAUAGAGACGAUUGCCACAAUGGGCCCCAUUGGUUUGAUUAGUUAGGACACCCAUAGAGCCAAUGAUAUCUACGCGGUUUUCUUGCGAAUAAUGUGUGAAAGAUAGUGCCACACUAUGUAAAAGAAAUGUGAAUUAGCUAGGAUAUGUCCCCAGAUUCAUUUCAGGUUAUUUAGUUGAUAUAUUACUGUCUUGCACAUUUUGAUGCUUCAAAA